UUUGACCCCAGAGUCUAUUACGAGGCCUGGAGGUGGCUAGAUCCCUGACUUUCGUGAUACCGGCUACCAUACACAGUUCCGCACAUCUACCGUACAAAUCCAAUGGCUAGGCCAAUCAUAGGUCUUUUUCUUAUCCUCAAGAGGGGAGUCGUGGCGCUGCUGAAGCUUCGUGCUAUACUUAUCAGUGGUCAAGUAUGUACUACAAGUCACUCUUCCCUGACCCGCCAAAGGUCCCAGAAUCAAACCUUCACCACUUUUUCUUCGACCGGCCUGAGCAGCAAGAUUGGCCAGAUUAUACAUUAUUCGUGAAUGUGGCUACUGGCCAGCGGCGUUCGUUCAGGGAGUUUGUCGAGCGUGUCCGUGAUGGUGCUACUGCACUGGGCACUGAUGUGAUGCAAGGUGGCCUAGGUCUUCGUCCAGAGAAUGGAGAGCUUGUAGGCAUUCUGAGCGAGAACUGCUUAGAUUAUAUCGCGUUGGUGCAUUCGCUGCUAGUUAUCACAGUUCCAUUCGCACUGUUCUCAUCGUACUCUACACCUUACGAGUUUGAGCACGUCAAUUCGCUCGCGCAGGCAACUAGGAUUUUUACCAGUCCCUCAUUGCUGCCACUCGCCUUAACCUCGGGUCUCCCUGAAGAUAGGAUCUACAUCUUAGAAGGGGAAUGUAAAGGUUACACAAGUUAUGACCAGCUCGUUUCCUCUGCUCACAAGAAUAACAUUCCACGACUGCCGGUCCGUCAUGCUAGCAAGGAUACUCUGGCCUGUCUAAUCUUUUCCAGCGGGACGAGUGGUCCGCCUAAAGCCCUGAUGGUAUCGCAUGGGAAUAUCAUCCAUGCCACCCUAGGAAUAAUGGUAUUCGGUAUGGAAUCGGUUAAAAUCCAAGAGCCAACGGCACUGGAUGACCCUGAUGGGCUUGAAGUCCGCCUCUGUGUCCUUCCUGUCCACCACUCGUAUGGCCUCUACAUGACCAGUUUUUGGAACUUCCUCGGUCGCUCUACGACAGUCAUGCUACCGAAGUGGGACGUUAAUUUAUUUUUCGACAGUAUUUCGAAAUACCAUAUCACGACCGUGGGCCUCGUCCCAUCACUUGUACACCAGGUCGUGCACCAUCCCCGCUUCGAAACUGCCGAUUUGAGCUCGAUUCAAGGCAUAAACAGUAGCGCUGCACAUCUUCCACCUCACCUCGCCGCCCAGCUUUGCGCCCGCUUGCCAGUCAUGACAAGAGUUUCCGAAGGUGCGUUCCCCAGUCCCUUGUGGAUCAUCUUACUACCCGCUUACACAGGUUAUGGUUUGUCCGAAUUCAUGUCAGUGGCUGUGAAACCCCUUCCCGGCAUGCUCGAUGGACAGGCAAAGAGCAAACCUGGCUCCGUCGGAAUUCUACUCUCUGGUAUCCACGCUCGCAUUCUCCGUCCUGAUGGGUCUCUCGCGGGCCCAAACGAGGCAGGUGAACUAUAUGUACGUGGGGCUGCCAUGGUCCUUGGAUACAAGGGAAAUGACAAGGCCACACGGGAGACAUUCGUCGAUGGGUGGCUGCGUACGGGCGACCAAAUGCGGAUUGAUGAGGACGGAGUGCUCUUCUUUGAGGACCGCACCAAGGAUACACUCAAAAUUUCGGGGGUGCAAGUUUCCCCUGUUGAAAUCGAGGACACGCUUCUGGCGCAGCCAGACAAGCUGAUCAUCGAUGUAACUGUCGCAGGCGUUUCAGGCGGGCGUACCUCGGACGAACACAUUCCGCGAGCAUGGAUCGUGCUUUCCUCGGCAGGCGUGGCGCUUGGUGAGAAAGAGGUUAUGGCACGGCUUGAUGCAUGGGUGCAGGGGCGGCUAAGUCGGUAUAAGUGGUUGAGGGGAGGAAUCGCGUGUGUGACGACGAUUCCAAAGUCGCCAACUGGAAAAGUGUUGAGGCGGUUGCUGGUGGAUGAGUACGUAAGGGAAGGGAAGGCGAAGGCGAGACUGUGAAGGUACUUUUGUAGAUGUCAAAUUUCAAAUAAAAGGCACUAGUAGGUACUUUCAACUGCGACAUCAAACAUCCAGAACACACAUGUGAA